UUCAUAUUUUCCUUUAGGGGAAAUUUAAAAAAUGCUCUUUUUUUUCAAUUAUAAGUACUGAUUUCUUGAGUGGGAAAUUAGUAUGUAAGUUAGUAUGGCUGCCAAUGUGUAUGUGUAAAAAUCCCUCACAUCAUGUCACUAUUGCCACUCGAAGGCUUUUAAACCCACUGGUUGUGUCCUUCAUUUUUACUAGAGGUAAUUUAAAGGGAGGGAAAUUUUCUAAAUGGUGCAUGACUCCUGGUGUAAGUAGAUAAACUCCAGGCAAACAUUACAUCCACCCAUGCAAAAGCAAACACGCCCUUUAAUUUGACAUUGCUGUGUUUGAACGCAAAGAAAGGGACAUUGAAGCUCGAUGAGUUCUGUGUGCUGCGGCACAAACACAGACAUUCACACGUAAUUGUCUUGAUGUGGAUGUAUAAUAGCCUCCAAGAAACCGCUCCGCUUUAAUGACACAACACACCCAGGAUCCCCGGAGAUGGAGGCGCGCACACAGCUGGAUUCACGGAUGUUGCUGCAACACGUGCGAGGCCACGCGUGACCGCCCGCCCGCCCGCCGCUGGAGCAUCCUGCGUGGGUCCACGGUGGCGUGUGGGAGUGUCUGCGCGCUGCGCUCCCCCUGCCCACCAGGGGGACGCCAGAGGAGAGGAGGAGAGGACAGGAGAGGACAGGAGACCCGGAGCGCCACACGGCCGCGCACUGCAGAGCGGAGAGCCGGGACGCGAGGUCGCGAGCACCGGGAGCAUCAUGCCACGCACCGAGGGACGCUCGCACCACCGGAGCAGCGCAGCCGAUGCGCAUCCACUUCCUCUGCGUUAGUUGUGCCGGCACGCAUCGCCCUGUUUCACACUUAUGCUCUUCUGAAACCUUCCUCUGCUGCUGCUGCCGCUGGUCCAUCCCUCUCCUCCUCCCCCUCCUUCUUCCUCCUCCUCCUCCUGCUGCUGGUCCAUCCCUCUCCUCCUCCUCCUUCUUCCUCCUCCUCCUCCUCCUGCUGCUGGUCCAUCCCUCUCCUCCUCCUCCUUCUUCCUCCUCCUCCUCCUCCUCCUCCUGCUGCUGCUGCUGCGCCGUCCCGUCGCCAGGAUGGACAAGUCGCUCUGCAGUCCGCACCACGGGACCAACAAAACAAACUCUUCCUCCACGGACUCAUCGGCGAGGAAGUCCGGUGGCCGGAGCGGGACGCACAGCCUCAGCCCCAGCCCCAGCUCCGGCUCCGGCUCCGGCUCCGGCUCCUGCUCCGGCUCCGGCUCCCUGUGCGGCCCGGCCGGAGCAGGAGGCAGCCGGGGAGCUGUGCUGGGGAACAGCAUGGAUUUGCAGCAGCAGCAGCAGCAGCAGCAGCCGCCGACGCGCAAGAGGCAGCUGGAGGGAGUCCUGAGCAAAUACACCAACCUGAUCCAAGGCUGGCAGAACAGGUACUUCGUGCUGGAUCCAGAGUUGGGACAGCUGCAGUACUUUGUCAACGAGCAGGGGAGGAGCCAGAAGCCCCGCGGGUCCCUGCCCCUGAUCGGUGCCUCUGUAACCCCGAGCGACGAGGCGCCGCACAUGUUCAUCGUGAACUCCGUCAAUGGAGAGCUGUACAAACUCAGAGCCUCGGACGCCAAAGAACAGCAGUUUUGGAUCAGUCAGCUCCAAGCAUGUGCCAGACGUCAUUCUGACAGUAGUGCCAAGGUGAGGAAGCUGAAGGGCUCAGAUGAACACCUGAGUGUGGAAAGAGCCGGAGGAGGCCAGGAGGUGCUGGGCUGCUCAUCCUCUGGUCGGACCCGUAGCUUCUCCCUGCUCCCCCACCCAACCCCAUCCUCAUCCCCGGGUUCCCAGAGGCACCUGGGCCACACGGCCACCCCCAGCAACAUCGUCACCAUCACCCACCACAAAUCUCCGGCUGCGGGCCGGCGGGCCAAGAGCCAGUACCCAGGUCGGCUGCUGGAGGUCAAAGAGGUGAUGUCCCAAGCGGAGGGUCAACAGAAGAACCUGGUCCAGUCCAUCGACUCUCUGCCCACCAGAGGCCCCCUCUCCUGCCUGGACCAGGACCUGCUGCUGCUCAAAGCCACGUCUGCCGCCACACUCAGCUGCCUGGGCGAGUGCCUGAACAUCCUCCAACAGACGACCCAGGGCCGCAGCCAGGCGCCGCCUCCGUCUCACGCCUCCCAGCGCAACCACUCGGCCCACGGAGCCCCCUCUGAUGGUGUUCCUGUGUGGACUGUACCAAAGUCGCCCUCAGGGGAGCAGUGGAAGAACGGCGGUCCGACUCCUCUACGAUCAGCCGAGCCCUCGCCGGCCCUCAGGAUAAGGAGUCCGUCCCAUGGUGCUGAGCACCACGCAGGGCUAGAGGACAUCAGCCCCACUGAAGAGGUGACGGACACGGAGGACAACGACGAGGAGGACCUGGGCGUCCUGGACGACCAGCGGAGCAUCAUUCUCCACCUGCUGUCCCAGCUCAAACUGGGCAUGGACCUCACGAGGGUGGUGUUGCCUACCUUCAUUUUGGAGAAGCGGUCACUGCUGGAGAUGUACGCCAACUUCAUGGCGCACCCGGACCUGUUCCUGUCAAUCACAGCCGGGGCCACAGCCGAGGACCGCAUCGUCCGCUUCGUGGAGUACUACCUGACCGCCUUCCACGAGGGCCGCAAGGGAGCCGUGGCCAAGAAGCCCUACAACCCGGCGCUGGGGGAGACCUUCCGCUGCUCCUGGGACGUGCCCCGGGACAGAGUCAAACCGGCGGUGCGAUCGAACCAGGGGUCAGCGCGGGAGCCGGGCAGGGGCCCCAGCAACGCGCAGCAGGGCGGCGACGAGUCGCCGGGCGGCUGCUACAGAGUCCGGUUCGUGGCGGAGCAGGUGUCCCACCAUCCCCCGGUGUCGGGGUUCUACUGCGAGUGUCGGGAGAGGCGGAUGUGCGUCAACGCCCACGUGUGGACCAAGAGCAAGUUCAUGGGCAUGUCUAUAGGCGUGUCGAUGAUGGGAGAAGGAGUCCUGUGCCUGCUGGAGCACGACGAGGAGUACGUCUUCACGCUGCCCUGCGCCUACGCCCGCUCCAUCCUCACCGUGCCCUGGGUGGAGCUGGGGGGCAAAGUCUCCAUCAGCUGCGCCAAGAGCGGCUACUCGGCCACCGUCACCUUCCACACCAAGCCCUUCUACGGGGGGAAGGUGCACAGGGUGACGGCAGAGGUCAAACACAACCCGACCAACGCCAUCGUGUGCAAAGCGCAGGGCGAGUGGAACGGCACGCUCGAGUUCACCUACAGCAGCGGGGAGACCAAAGUGAUCGACACGACCAAACUGCCCGUCACCAGGAAGAAGCUGCGGCCCGUGGGGGAACAGGGGCGGACGGAAUCCAGGCUGCUGUGGCAACACGUCACCAAGUCGCUGAAGGAAGGAAACAUCGACGAGGCCACGGAGCACAAGCACCGGCUGGAGGAGCGACAGCGAGGCGAGGAGAGGCAGAGGGCCGCCGACAACAAACCCUGGACGCCGAGAUACUUCACUAAAGAGGGAGACAGUUGGAUCUACAACACGCCGCUGUGGAAGUCGACCUGACGGGCCCCGUCUGGAACCCCCCCCCCCCCCACACCUCCUCUCAAACAACCGAGACCCUGCCUCCACACGCCGAGGACGGAGGUCAGGAGGUCGAACGCAGAAUAAAAGGAAGCGCCGUCCUUCCGCCGACCUUCGGACCCGAGCCGUGAGACUCUGACACCACGGAGACACAAUCAUCCAACGAGCAAAGGUGCCAAAGGAAACUCCACUGUCAUGAAACCAAGACGGGGGUUCGGAGCGCGGGACCGAACACCGUACAUGUGUGUGUGUGUAUAUAUAUAUAUAUAUAUAUAUAUAUAUACAGUAUUACUAUUCAAAGUAGAGUAUUUCUAUUUUUCACCUUGCCAAGGCCUUUUUUGCACUGCACAGUAAAGACGUUUGCCACUGAUGUUUUAAUUUUACUUAACUUUUUUUCUUUUUUAAACUGAUCAAUAUGUUUUUCUCAGACAUCGUCGACGUUUGGUUUCCAAAGCUUUUAGUUUGUCAUGCGGCGUUAGUACGAGUCCAAAUGUAACCUGAUACUGUAGCUGUAUGUAAGUAUGUAGGAUAUAUAUAACGAGUUUGUUUAUAUAUAUAUAUAUAUAUAUAUAUAUAUAUAUAUAUAUACACAUAUAUAUAUAUAAAGAAGCACUUUUAUCAUAGAAAUAUAUAAAUUUACUAUUUUGUAUCUAUGGCUUUUACCAAUCAGGGUUCUUCUCUCAAGAGCUUUAGGGAAAAGAAGAAAACACCUGAGCAAAGUGUGAAGAUAUGUUAUUACAGUGAGUACAGUGAGCUGCUGGACAGUAGAGGCUCCUGAUUGUUUUGUCUGCACUACGAAUGUAUCCGGACACAUUCUAAUAGUACGUAGGCCUCGCCGCCGCACUACCGCGCGCUCGCUGUUUCACCUUUUACCACGUCGCUCCGCCGCUCGCCCACUGAGUGAGACGCCUCUGCGUAACAGACACUUUCCAUUACUACCUCUCGCUCUCAUUCAGUACUCCAGCCAUCAGCCACGGGUAUUUUUUGUGAAGAAACACCGGUUUGUUUGUGGUCAAAUAUUCCUCAGUUGCAGCCCUGGUCCAGAACAGAUUGAAUGUUUUGUUUUUUUCCUACACCAAAUCAAAUCAUAGUUUGUUUUGUUAUGGCCUUUGAUUGUUAGUUGUUUUUUUUGUUUUAAUCACACCAACUCCUCGCCGCUCGCCCUUUCAGUUGUUCCUUGAAUUGAAUUUUCCCGCUGUAUUGUAGUAUUUGGUAUUGUUUUUAUAGCCAGGUGAAUUUACCAGAUGCCAAUAUUGUAGCCUGAGCCAUGACAGUACAGUACGGUACAGUACGGUACAUGGCAGAACAGGAUAAACCUCGUGGCCCGUUUCCCCCGACCGGCGUUCUGUCUCCUGUUGUACGACACUUCGCCUUACAUGACAAACUGACGAGGACUUUUCUAGUAGACAGUGAUUGUGGAUGAAUGAAGGACUGUCCAUCAAAUAAAGACCUCGUACCUUUUUAAAAAGAGGCGUCCCCUCGUUGU